GAGAGGCACAGCAGCACUGCAGUAAGGAAGAGCCCACGUACAGCUGCAAUGCUCAGCACAAAGCCUCUCCUGCUGCUCCUGCUGCUCCUCAGCAUCUUCCAGCACAGCUCCACAGCCCCAUAUGCACCUUCAGAAUGCUGUUUCACACUCGCAAAAGCUGCACUCCGGUUCGAAGUGCUGAAGAAUUUCUAUGAGACUUCCAGUGACUGUCUUCUGAAAGCAAUUGUGUUUGAGACAAAGGGCGGGAUCAAGGUCUGUGCAAAACCAAACGCACCUUGGGUGAAGAAAGCAAUUAAGAAUCUUCAGAAAAAGAAGGAACCUCAAGCUGUGUGAUGCAGAGCGGACACCCAAGUCGAGGAUCACAGCUUCCUGAUGGGAAGAUUUACACUCAGCCUCCUGCGGAGGUCCCCGAUGCUGACAGUGACUCCCCAGAGCCCUGCAGGGCACCCGAGGUGCUGCAGCCCUGCCAGCUCCCACCUGCAGAACACAGCUCCAAAAUAAAGGUUUA